AUGAUACGCCCCCAGACCAAAUGGGAUGAUUUUCAUGACUGAGAUCUGUAGAGCUAGCUAGCUAGAGACCAGGUACGUACCAGUGAGUGAUCGUGACUCGACUGAGGAUGCAGUAUAAUUAUAAGUCACUCUGAAAGUUAGAUCUAAAUCCAGAGAUGUCAUUAUUAAUGGAAGCUUGCGAGACGGGUGAUGUGGGUGUGGUUCAGUUGGCACUAGAAGGAGGGGCGGAUCCAAACCAGGCAGAUGAGGACAACCGGACUGCUCUCCACGUAGCCAGUAGCAAUGGACAUGAUGAGGUGGUGAGAGUCCUCUUAGCAGCCAAGGCUACAGUCAACACUCAGAGCAAGUGGGGUCAGUCCCCUCUCUGGGUAGCCAGUUACAAUGGUCACCUGAAGUGUGUGGAACUUCUAAUCGAUGCUGGAGCCAAUGUUGAUAUGCAAGAAGAGGACAACUGGACUGCUCUCCACAUAGCCUGUCAGAAUGGACAUGAUGAGGUGGUGAGAGUCCUCUUAGCAGCCAAGGCUACAGUCAACACUCAGAGCAAGUCGGGUGAGUCCCCUCUCUGGGUAGCCAGUUGCAAUGGUCACCUGAAGUGUGUGGAACUUCUAAUCAAUGCUGGAGCCAAUGUUGAUAUGCAAGAAGAGACUGGAGCUACUGCGCUGCAUGUUGCUGCUCAGAAUGGUCACUUGAGGGUAGUUGAAGUGUUAAUUGUAGCUAUGGCUCGAGUUGAUAUCCAAGAGGAGGGCAACCGGACUGCUCUCCACGUAGCCAGUAGCAAUGGACAUGAUGAGGUGGUGAGGGUCCUCUUAGCAGCCAAGGCUACAGUCAACACUCAGAACAAGUUGGGUGAGUCCCCUCUCAGGGUAGCCAGUUACUAUGGUCACCUGAAGUGUGUGGAACUUCUAAUCAAUGCUGGAGCCAAUGUUGAUAUGCAAGAUGAGGACAACUGGACUGCUCUCCACGUAGCCUGUCAGAAUGGACAUGAUGAGGUGGUGAGAGUCCUCUUAGCAGCCAAGGCUACAGUCAACACUCAAAACAAGUCGGGUCAGUCCCCUCUCAGGGUAGCCAGUUACUCUGGUCACCUGAAGUGUGUGGAACUUCUAAUCGAUGCUGGAGCCAAUGUUGAUAUGCAAGAUGAGGACGUGACAGCUCUCCUCGCAGCCAGUAACAAUGGACAUGAUGAGGUGGUGAGGGUCCUCUUAGCAGCCAAGGCUACAGUCAACACUCAAGACAAGUCGGGUGAGUCCCCUCUCUGGGCAGCCAGUUUCAAUGGUCACCUGAAGUGUGUGGAACUUCUAAUCGAUGCUGGAGCCAAUGUUGAUAUGCAAGAUGAGGACAACUGGACUGCUCUCCACGCAGCCUGUCAGAAUGGACAUGAUGAGGUGGUGAGGGUCCUCUUAGCAGCCAAGGCUACAGUCAACACUCAGAGCAAGUCGGGUCAGUCCCCUCUCAUGGUAGCCAGUUACGAUGGUCACCUGAAGUGUGUGGAACUUCUAAUCAAUGCUGGAGCCAAUGUUGAUAUGCAAGCAGAGGACAACCUGACAGCUCUCCACGCAGCCAGUAACAAUGGACAUGAUGAGGUGGUGAGGGUCCUCUUAGCAGCCAAGGCUACAGUCAACACUCAAGACAAGUGGGGUCAGUCCCCUCUCUGGGCAGCCAGUUACAAUGGUCACCUGAAGUGUGUGGAACUUCUAAUCGAUGCUGGAGCCAAUGUUGAUAUGCAAGAAGAGGACAACCGGACUGCUCUCCACGUAGCCAGUAGCAAUGGACAUGAUGAGGUGGUGAGAGUCCUCUUAGCAGCCAAGGCUACAGUCAACACUCAGAGCAAGUUGGGUCAGUUCCCUCUCUGGGUAGCCAGUUGCAAUGGUCACCUGAAGUGUGUGGAACUUCUAAUCAAUGCUGGAGCCAAUGUUGAUAUGCAAGAAGAGGACAACUUUACUGCUCUCCACGUAGCCUGUAUAAAUGGACACGAUGAGGUGGUGAGGGUUCUCUUAGCAGCCAAGGCUACAGUCAACACUCAAGACAAGUCGGGCCAGUCCCCUCUCUGGGCAGCCAGUGUGAAUGGUCACCUGAAGUGUGUGGAACUUCUAAUCAAUGCUGGAGCCAAUGUUGAUAUGCAAGAAGAGAACAACCUGACAGCUCUCCACGUAGCCAGUAGCAAUGGACAUGAUGAGGUGGUGAGAGUCCUCUUAGCAGCCAAGGCUACAGUCAACACUCAAGACAAGUCGGGUCAGUCCCCUCUCUGGUCAGCCAGUUUCGAAGGUCACCUGAAGUGUGUGGAACUUCUAAUCGAUGCUGGAGCCAAUGUUGAUAUGCAAGAAGAGACUGGAGCUACUGCGCUGUACAUAGCUUCUCAGAAUGGUCACUUGAGGGUAGUUGAAGUGUUAAUUGCAGCUAUGGCUCAGGUGGACAUGCAACAGAAGGAUGGGGCCACAGCAUUGCACGUAGCCAGUGCGAAUGGUCAUUGUGAAGUGGUGGAGUGCUUAGUUGAGAGAGCCCACUGUGACACCAUUGUAAAGAUGAAUAAUGGCAUGACUCCCCUCCACACUGCUUGCUGCGGUGGACACAAAGAUGUGGUACAGUACAUGGUGGAGAGAGCCCACUGUGACACCAGUGUAACUGAUGCUGGAGGCAGGACUCCACUUGACUGUGCAAUACAGGAGGGUCAUACUGAAACCAUCGAAUAUCUUCAGUCUCUUGGGGCACCAUCUGCUGCUCCCAGUCAGAGCACCGACCCUCCAGUAGACCAGCAGCCGCAAGGGUUGUUGAACAAGCUACAAUCACCCGCUAUUCACCGGUCAGAGCGCAUAUCUCGAACAAAAAGGAGUACCUCAAAAACAAGAGUGAUCAAAUCCUGGCCGAGCGCGAAGGGCUGCCUCUAGGGAGUUAUCAAGAUGUUAUAUUGUCUCCUCAUCUACCAACUGAAGGCAUGAGUCAACCGCAAGAAUCCAAACACAGUUUUGAUCUCCCUGGUGUUGAAGCUGUAGCCCACACUCACGUGAUUGUCACCAACUCGUCCCAAACCUUCGUCUGGGAUGGCCAUGGGUUCAAACUCCACAUACCCCAGGACUCCUUGCCAGCUGGUGUUGACGAGUGUCAACUAGACAUCAUGGCCAGUGUAGCUGGACGGUACCAGUUUCCCGACAAUCUCCAGUUGGUCAGCGGUGUCUUCUGGUUGCGUCCUCAUCCCCCGGGUUCAUUCCAGCAGCUGCUAACAGUCGAAAUACAGCACUGUGCCAAGAUGACUGGCUCCACCAAGCUCUCAUUUGUAAGAGCAUCUUGCUCCCAGGAGAGUCUGCCGUACACAUUCAAGCAGCUCGAAAGACGUGGCUCGUUCGCUGAUCAGACAUCGUACGGUUCACUGGAGCUGUCUUACUUCAGUGGACUGGCGGUGACUGGAGAGGAUGUGGACAGAGAGUACACUGCCAGCCUCUACUACCUUGGGUCAGAGCUGCAUAGCAGGGAAAUACAUUUUGUUGUCAGCUGGAAUGAUGAGAUUCAUAGAACACGUGUGAGUGAGGAGUACUCCUCUAAAGAAGCCAUUCUCGGAGUGAAUCAUAUCGUUGAGUUCGAGGAGGACAGUAUAACACUGGAUAUUCCUAUGGCUGGCGCUGAAGUCAGUGGAGGGUGGAGAAUAACGCCAAUGUUUCAUCCUACGGUCACCAAGAAGCAUGUUGAUCAGUUUAAACCUGGACGAAGAAUUCCGCACUGCCACUUGAAGGCUAAAGUGACAAGCAACCACGAGGUGUCUGCUCCAGAGCUGCUCCACCAAGUCAAGCUAGUGGGUGCAAAGUUUCCCUACAACAUUGUCACUAUUAAUCUGGACCAACAAACUCUUCCAGGAUCAUCUGCUCAACCAGUGAGUACAGCUCUUCAACAGCUGAUGGACACAUGUCCGCUCACUACUGCCCAAGUCAGCAGAGAAAUCCAGCAAGAAGACGUAUCAUAUUUGGCUCCCUGUUUCGAUAAUGUUGAGCUCUAUGUCGAUGCUAUGAAAUUAACCCCUGGCGAGCAAAGUAAUGUCCAGUUGAAAAAAAUUGAGAGUAACCACCUAGCUAUGAUUGAGUGUUUGAAAAUCUGGAGAGGAAAACAGCGCUCACAAGCAACAUUCAGGGCCCUUCUGGAGAUGUUAGUAAAACUGAGAAAAGGGGAGAUUGCUGACCUAGUCUGCCAGUACUUGAAAGAGCUGUGAGAAGGUGCACGUAAUACAGCACUCCAUAUCGACUGUAGAUAUAUCAGAACAGAACCCUUAGAUUAGCUUUAUCCCUAAUGUGUGGUUAUUAUUGUGUACGUGUGUUUUGUACAUUGCGUGUUUAAAAUGAAUUAUAAAAACUGUUCGA